AUGGCGGCCGCCACCGCAACAGCAGCCACUUUCGCCGUCACGAGGUCCGUAGCCGCCGCAUCCCCCAAACUCCGGCAGCUUUCCACUCUCCUUUCCCCUCUAAAAAAACCCCUCUCCUUCUCCUCCUCCACCUCAUCCCUAAUCGCUCUCCGCCCACGCCGCCUCCCGCAGCCGCUCAAAUACUCCACCGCCACCAAAAUAUCCGCAAUCUCUGUCGGCGACAAGCUCCCCGACUCCACCCUCUCCUACUUCGACGCCUCCGACGAGCUCCAGACCGUCUCCGUCUCCCACCUCACCGCCGGCAAACGGACCAUCAUCUUCGCCGUUCCAGGCGCCUUCACCCCUACCUGCUCGCAGAAACACCUCCCGGGAUUCGUGGAGAAGGCCGCCGAGCUCAAGGCGAAGGGGAUCGACGCCAUCGCUUGCGUUUCCGUGAACGACGCCUUCGUGAUGAAGGCGUGGAAGCAGGAUCUGAAGAUCGGGGACGAGGUCAUGCUGCUGAGCGACGGCAAUGGAGAUUUCACCCGUGCGAUUGGGUGUGAGCUUGAUUUGAGCGAUAAGCCGGUGGGUUUGGUGCUGAGGAUAUGCUCAAGGCCAUUUGAGCGUGUGAUGACUACACAACUCAGCCAUGUCAUGGAUGACGUGGAGCAUGGCUGUGCAUGGAGACAAACAACUAGUAAUGCUGCAUUGUGUGGCUGUGAUGAAAAGAUGUGUAUAGCCUUUCCUAGCUUGAUAGGUGUGCAGCCGUCAUAUAUAUAUUGAUCUUGUAGACAACAAAUAUUUUAUCAUUCAUGAAAUGAGAAGUUCUUGAACUCAGUGAAGAAAAAGCAGAAAAAGAUUUUAUUUGUUUUUACAAUGAAAAGUCUCUAUCAUUGUUUGAUCUUCUUGCUAUUUUCGGAUCUCUUUAUGUUUUCUUUUAAUUCUAAUCAAAA